CAAGGCUCCGUAAAGCCAUUAGGCCCCCCCCACAAAAUUAUGUUGCUACCUCCUUUUUGACUAUGGGUAAAUACAUAUGAUCACUGAUUUUUAAUUUCUCCAACAUCACAAACAUCCAGAAAUAUCUUGCUUUGUGGUCUAAAUAUAUAAAUUGCAUUGCUUUUGGCUUUGGAGAAGCAGCAUUCCAAGGAAAGUUUGUCCUUGAGAAAUUUGAGCUUGCUCUUGCAAUGGCAGGCACUUCUUCUUUCUUUCGCUUACUAGUAAUCUUUCUAGUGAUUUCUCACCUCGUCUGCCUGAACGCUAUCCCAGUUACAAGACUUGGAAGGUUACUGCAAGGACCUCAAGUUCUUCCAGUUCCAGAGACUACCCGCAUGGUGGCUAUGGAGACAAGCUGGAUGGAACAUAUAAGUGGUGGGAGAAUGGCUGUGGAGAUAAACGAUUACCCUGGUUCAGGAGCAAAUAGACGCCACACUCCAUGGCCACAGUUAAACAGAUGUGUUGAUUGUUAGUUUCUGUCUCUGCAACUAUUAGAUGGCACUAGUGUGGUGUGGGCAUGCAGCUGUACGAUCUGUUUUUGGUCACCCAUCCGUUUCUAGUUAAUAAAGAGGUUGCCACAAGUUUGUCCCUUGGUCAUGAGAGAGUCUUUCAAUUGUCACUCUAAAACUUCAAAUGUAUUUUACUCACCCAUUUUAGUUAUAUAAUAUUUUAGUAAUCACAA